GAAUAUUUACUGUUCGCACCCAAAUCCACGACGUGCAAUAGGGCAAGAUUCAAUGGUCCUACGAAUCCUGCUCCGUCUAUGUGUGAUUAAAUAAUAGCUUUUUGCAAUGACGGUGCACCGGGAUCAGUUCUACCACUAAUGCCAAUAGUGGGAAUCCUCAGGUGGCAUCUGCGGGUUGCGCCUGUGUUAACAGCAAUCUGAAAUGACUUCACAUAUGAAGUGCCUUGCCUUUGACUACAAAAGGUACCACAAGUCCUUCCGGUUGUUCCUCGAGUUGUCGUCGGAGCAUCAAGCUAUGAGUAAAUUCUUUCAUGAGAGCCUUCCUGACAUCCUCACACGCAUUGGGGAGGGUAAAGCUACCUUUGAUGUCAUUUCAGUGGGGACUGGUACAGGAGAGGUGGACCUGGAGAUACUUUCACAGCUGCGUAAGGUUUUACCAGAUGGGAAGGUGGACUGUGACAUGGUGGAACCCAGUGAGCCGAUGCUGGAGAAAUGCAAGGAACUUGUGUCAAGAACUCCCAACUUGGACAAUGUAAACUUCACGUGGAAUCAGAUGACUGCCUCUGAGUUUGAGAAGCACUGGAGAGGCAGACAGUCAGAGAAGAAAUUAGACUUCAUUCAUAUGAUUCAGAUGCUGUAUUAUGUCACUGAUACUGCCGCUACUAUCUCGUUUUUCCGGAGUCUCUUAAAUGAAAAUGGAAAACUCCUCAUCAUACUUGUUGCUGGAGAGAGCAGUUGGGGCAAACUAUGGAACACUUAUAAGAAAGAGUUAUGUUGCACUGAAAUGACCCAAUGCGUCACAACGGCAGAUAUCAAGUACUACCUCACUGCUGAAGGAAUCAGCUUUGAAGCCUUUGUGUUGCCUUCGACGAUGGACAUCACAGACUGCUUUAUCCCUGGUGACGAGAAGGGGGAACUGCUACUAGACUUUCUCACUGAGGUGCUGGAUUUCAGCCACACUGCACCUCCAGAGCUGAAAGCCAGUGUGAUGAGCUUCCUGCGUAGCCCUGACUGCAGCAGUCAGGUGAACGGAAGGAUCAUAUUCAAUAACAAUCUGGAGGCUUUGGUUUUAGACCCAUAAGAUGCAUAGCAGUUCACCAAAUGCUCGUUGCUUCUUAAUGCGGUUUUCAGUAUAUAUGAAAGUGAGAUUUUUCUUAGGUAUGGUUUUGUCUUGUAUAGCUGUUUCCAUCAGAUUUAAAACAAAAAACACUAUUUUUCCCUGAACCUCCUACAUCUUGAACAAUCACUGAAACUGUAGGAAUGUCAACGAGAAAGAUAUUAACAAUGAAUAAUUCCGUUUUUCACUAAUCUUGUCUGUGUGUCUAUUGAAUAAUCAAUAAAUUUUCUAACAAAGAUAAAAUACAACCAUAUAUGUUCCCCUAAAUCUUAAAUUUAAUCAUAUCAUUUGAGAAAAUGUACAGAGUGGCCAUUAUUUUGCGUAUGAAUCAUACAAAUACUGUUUGUAGUUCAUACUAAAUACAUCUUCUAUUGCUCUGC